GGUUUCCGUAAUUGCAGAAAUGAUAACUCAGAUGACGCGGGUAGUAUAAAAUAGAUAAAAGCUGUUUCCUCAUCCUGAAUUUUACGACUGAGCAGUUUAAAGUCUUUGUAGAUAUUAAACCGAUACAAAAGAAUCUAAAGCGCAGGGUGAUUUGUUAGCCUGUGUUACAUAUAUAUUCCUUGGCGCAUACAUGCCCAAAUUCUUGGAGACCAAUCUAUAUGGAGAGCACAUGGAUGAGUCUGCUGCUGCUGCUUAUGUUCAAUAGUGAAGUUUGUAAAUCAGAAGUUCCUUAUCAGACGAAGGAAGUACUUGUGAUUGGUGGGGGGAUAUCAGGUCUGGCUGCAGCCAGAAAGUUGGACAACCAUCCUUCCCAACUCUAUGACGUUACGGUGCUAGAAGCCCGGACAGAUCGAUAUGGAGGCCGUGUAUGGACAAACAGGAAACUCUUUAAGAAACCUAUUGGUGCAGAGACAGACCUUGGAUGUGCCUGGAUCAAUCCUAAGAUAAAGGAUAACCCUAUCUCAGCCAUAGUAAGGAAGGCAGAGCUAGAAACUAAAGUCUCAGGGCCCAUCCAGCUCCAUGUUCCAGAGGCUGACAAGAUAUUCAAGAGUGACGAAGCUAACAAGAUAUUCUCCGAAGUUUUCUCAAUAAUGCAGUCUGCAGUAGAUACAGUAAAAGCCAAUGGUACAGACGUUUCUCUACAGAAGGCCGUCGAGGAUGAGAUAAAACGACACAAGUUCCAAGGCGAUCAAACCAUCAUUACGAACAUUCUACGCAAUCAUCACGCCGUUACCAAGGCAGACUACUCUGCCAUGUUCUUUGACCCGGUGAAACAAUUCGGCUGGAACACAAUCGUGGUGGACGGAUACGAUCAAGUUCUAGACGCCAUUGUGUCAGGUCUAGGACCUGAGAGACCUCUGUCUAUCAACCUUAACCAAAUCGUCAGACAGAUUCACGUCGACUCGGACGAGAAAAAGGUCAUUGUCAGGACAAAGGACCUGAAACAGGUGACUGCGGACGUUGUGAUAGUGACUGUUCCAAUCGGUGUGCUGAGAAAUGAGGCUAUUCUGUUUGAACCCCUGCUUCCUAAAGAAUGGUAUAGGGCAAUAAAAGAAUUAGGUGUGUACCAAUCCCAAAAAGUGAUCGUAGGAUUCUCUGAGGCGUUCUGGCCGACUGAUGUCGGAGUGUUUACCAUGACUACACCGGAGGGACAGGAGCCUUUCAUCCAGACAUGGUUCAACAUGCAGAACCUCGUCGGAGCUCCGUACCUCAUCGGUAAUUUAUACGAUACAGCUGCCGAAGCGAUGGAGCAAACACCUGUAGAGGAACUGAAACAAAAAGUUAUCAAAGUGUUGGGGAAAUUAUUUGGAGAAGAUUUGGUGACCCAGCAUAAUGUGACUACAUUGGUAAGAUCGAAGUGGUCCGGUGACCCCUUUACCCUGGGUUCUGGAGCUUACCCACGGGCAGGUAAUAAUGCCAGCAUGUGGGAUAUUUUAAGCACUCCAGUCUGUCCAUACAUCUAUUUUGCUGGGGAAUACACAAGUCUCGAUGGCAUGGUUGGGGCCCACGGAGCCUACGACACUGGAAUCAAGGCUGCCGAACAGAUCAUCAAUGGCCGGUGUGAGAGGGAGUUCAAACGACAGCAGAAAAGGAAGGAGGAGGCAGAAAAGAAAGACGAAAAGAAAGAAGAAAAGAAUACUAAAAAAGAUGAACUAUGAACAGUUAGUAAAAAUAAUUAUAA